ACGCGUAACGGAGAGCUCUGCCCGGCGCUCCUCUUGCCCAGCUAGCGGCGGCGCUCACCCGCUCCGCGCGCAUCGCCGCCACGGCUCCCCGAGCCCCCGGCGCCGCUGGCCACGCUCUCCCAGCCUCCUCCACCCCCCCCCCCACCCUACCCGCGCGUCGCCGCCACCCCGGCGUUCUGCCCUGACGACCCGAUAUAGCGGGAAGAAUAUUUGUUGGGUUUUGAGCCCUAGAUGCAUCCCGUGGAGAAUAUUUGGUGCUAUUGUUGUGCAGGGCUGCAUCGCGCUGCUGGCCCGCCAAGCAAAGAAGCCAGCCAGUGAACAAUGUCUGGGAUGGACGGCAGCGGUGUGCCAGAAACCGCCGGAGUGGAGGCAGCCUCCAGCUCAGAUGCCCGCGGGGACAACCGACACAUGCCGUCUGAGGACUGUGUCGCCGGCAUCAACUCGGCUCUCCAACAUCCGACGGUGCGGUUCCUGAGGGAGCAAAUGGAGAAGGCCGGUUGCCCAGUGCUACCGCGGAUGAUCAGGGCGAUGAACUGCAUGUCUACCAAUCACAAUGGUUCCUACGGUAGCGGGCUGGGGAUAACUGUGUGCUGUGAUCACAUGCGGUCUCAAGAUGAGAUAAAUCAGCUAUUAAUUCAUGAAUUAAUACAUGCCUAUGAUGACUGUGUUGUCAAGAACAUGGAUUGGAAGAACUGUGCUCACCAUGCUUGCUCUGAGAUUCGAGCUAAUCACCUUAGUGGUGACUGCCAUUAUAAACGUGAAUUGUUGCGUGGCUUCAUGAAGAUAAGGGGGCACGAGCAAGAAUGUGUUAAAAGGCGGGCUCUCAUGUCUGUCAAGAACAACCCGUACUGCUCAGGGACAGCUGCAAAAGAUGCAGUUGAGUCUGUGUGGGAUAUAUGCUACAAUGAUACACGCCCAUUUGAUAGGGUUCCAUGAAGUAUAUUAUUACAAAGAAGUCAUGAACUAAGAUUGUGCUUCCCUGCUGGGGAUAAUUUUGUUCCCUUUCAUGCCUUGUUCGGUUAAAAUCUCUCUCACAAGAGGAUUGAGGGAGAUUUGGAAGUGAUUUAUUCCAAACCUAUUGUUGUGUGGAAUUAUUCCUCCUUAAUCCUCUCCAAUCCCUUUCUCUAGGGAUAAACCGAACAAGGCAUUAGUGAAUUGUAGUUAAGCAAACUGUGACAAGAAAAGCCAGAACUUCUUUCGCUAGAGCAAAGCAGUAUCUAUUAGUCAUGACUCGAGUUCAUGAACAUUGUAAUGAAUUAGCUCAUGUGAUGAUUUUCUUAUCUUUUGCAUUACAUAAUUGGAAAAAGUUCAAUAAGCUUCUGGAAAAAAAAA